AUGACAGCCCCCAAGCCCGCCAUCAACUUCAUCCGCGGCUGGCCCGCGCCGGAGCUCCUCCCCGCGCCGCUGCUCUCGGCGGCCGCGCAGCGCAUCCUCGCCGACCCGGCCGUCUACGUGCCGGCGCUGCAGUACGGGCCGGACCCGGGCUACCAGCCGCUCCGCGAGGCCCUGGCGCGCUGGCUCGCCGGCCACUACGGCCUCGCCGCGGACCCGGAGCGCAUCUGCAUCACCGGCGGCGCCAGCCAGAACGUCGCCUGCAUCCUCCAGAGCUUCACCGACCCGGCCGUCACAAGGGCCGUGUGGAUGGUCGCGCCCACCUACCACCUCGCCUGCGGCAUCUUCGACGACGCCGGCUUCGCGGGGCGGCUGAGGGCGUUUCCCGAGGACGAGGAAGGCAUUGAUCUGGAGGUGCUCGAAGCCAAGAUUCGGAAGCUGGAGGACGAGGAAGUGAACGAGCCCCAGGCCCAGCCGUUCAAAGACGCUGGAGAGCACCGCAAGUUCUACCGCCAUGUCAUAUACGUCGUGCCCACCUGCUCCAACCCCUCCGGCAAGACCAUGUCCGUCCGCCGGCGCGAAGGCCUCGUGCGUCUGGCGCGCAAGUACGACGCCCUAGUCAUCUGCGACGACGUCUACGACCUCCUCCAAUGGCCCCUGAACAACGAGACCAGCAGCGGCUCCCUGCGCUCAGACGAAUCGCCCGAGAUGACGCUCCCGCGACUCUGUGACAUCGAUCUUGCCAUGGAUCGUGACCCCAAAGAUCCCAAGGGCUUUGGCUUCGCCGUCAGCAACGGUUCCUUUAGCAAGAUGGCCGGCCCUGGUGUGCGAACUGGCUGGCUCGAGGGUUCGCCCGCCUUUUCCUUUGGCCUCGCCCAGACUGCCUCGUCCAAGUCCGGCGGCGCGCCCAGCCAGUUUUGCGCUGCGAUGAUGUCUGAUCUCGUCGAGUCGGGCGCCCUCCAGGACUAUCUCGCCACCACGGUGCGCCCUGGCCUGCAGCGCCGCCACCGACUCCUCGUGGACGCUAUCCACGAGCACCUCUCCCCGCAGGGCAUCACUAUCCGCGAGGCUGGUCUCGUUGGCGGCAGCACUUAUGGAGGCUACUUUGUGUGGCUGAAGCUCCCUCAGGGCCUGUCGGCGAAGCUGAUCGCUGAUGUCUCCUUGGUUGAGGAGAACCUGAUUGUGGGCAACGGCAACAUGUUCCAGGUGCACGGCGACGAGAAGACGGUUGACCUUGACGGCGCCAUCCGAGUUACCUUUGCCUACGUCCCCGAGGACGACCUCGUCGAGGGUAUCCGGCGACUAGGUGCCGUGGUGCAGAGAGUCAAGGCCGAUCCAGCCAAGUACGAGAAGCUAGCCAACACGGUGUCGGACGCGGCUAUGAUAGACUCCAGCAAGUAA